GAAUUGAAAUGCUAUUCGCCAAAUGAUAAUUUGAAACAGUUCAAUUUUAGAUAUUGCUCAGCAAACUCCGGUUUUUAACUUUCAGUAAAAAAAUAAAUUCAAAAAAAAUGAAUUCGACAGCAUCGCAAUGUUUACGACUCGUAUUAGACAAUAAGGUCAUUACUAUUUUGAGCCUUUGUCUAUUUGCUUUUGUGAUUUCGACCAUUGUGCUAUCGUCACAAAAAUCAACCCUACAGGAUGAAUUGGACACGUGCAAUGCAAAUCAUCAGCCACAACCAACAACACAACCAGGCCAAAGCACAAACACACCAAAUACAGAAUCAUCGCCCGAACCAACUUCUGAAAAUUCAGGCGCAGCAGUACCUUCUUUCAAACCAAAAACUGAACCAUCAGCAUUAUCAGCACCAUCAGGUUUAUUCCGUUUAAAAUUCAUAGGACAUUGAAAUCGUCCAACUUAAAAUUGUUUUAACACCAUUAUACCCUGUGUAAAAGACCAAUAGAUGUUUUGGCUCAUUUAUCAUAUUAAGUUGUAACUUUUAAUAAAACUAAAUUAUAAAAAUGGUUCAAUGCAUAAAAUUAUUAAUAAAAUUGGCAUAAAUGUUCGGCAAAAAAA